AUGAAGCUGCUACUAUUGUUUCCCUUCGUUUCUUGUUGUUUUACUCCUUCACUGUCGAAUACUAAUAAUGUUCGCAUCUCUCGAUCUGUACCUUCUCUAUUUACUGAUGUUUCUUCAUUUCCUUUAUUCAAUUCUGCUCAAGCUGGUCUUUGCAUACCAGCUCUCGGUCUUGGCACUGGUUUUUAUGGUAUGGGCAACCAGGCUUAUGGCACUUACCCUGAAUGUGGUGCUGAACCACACAAUGACCCUUCAGGUUCUGUUCUCCCUCCGCCCCCAGGUUGUGGUCUUAAUUCUCAGAAAGCGGUGUAUACGUGGUUGAGCAAAGCAGGUGGGCUUCGACUUGACUGUGCCAAUUCAUACUAUAAUCAGCGGCAUGUUGCUCGAGGAAUCAAUCAAAGUCUCGUUGAUCGAUCUCAAAUCUUCAUUUUGAGCAAAGUAGGACCCAUAUUCCCUUUGGGUUACAAUGAAACAAUUGAGCAAACACUGGAUAUCUUACAACAACUUCAAACGAGUUGGAUCGAUAUGUUGCUCGUACAUUGGCCGAUCAUGGAACAUCCCGGUCAAUCGUAUAUACCACAGAGUUCUGAUCCAGCGUGCAAUACUACUAACCCACUUACAUAA